AUGGGUCGUCAAGCUUAUCUGAAUCGGCUCGCUUUGGGCCGAUCACCUUACGAAGCCCCCGAAAUUGAUGCGGUGGACCCCUCGAAUCCAGUACGGCGGGUCUCCAACGUCCAUGCCGACAACUACAUGCAGCAGUAUGAUGCACGGGGCCACCCAGUCAAUCUCGAGUCCAAAACUCUGGGCCGAGAACUUCGGAGAGCGAAGAAUGACAUUCUCUCUACCAUGGGGGUUGUCGUCAGUGGAGAAGACCGUAAUGCCGGCAGCCCCAACCAACAGCAGAAGAUCAACCAGAUCGCGGCCGAAAAUGACUUUGGCUUGGUGAUCACUACUCUUGAUCAGCUAUUUGUAUUCUUCGGGACCUGGUGGACUUCUUCUCUCACAGGCCGAAUACAGACCUAUAGAAAUUACACCCAUGCUGCAUUGUUUGAUGUGAUCCGCUCGGAGCGUGGAUCAACAGGAAUCCUUGGAUUCUAUUGUGCCGGGAUCCCGGCAUGGGCAGUUUCUAGCAGCUUGGCAAUCGCUCGCGACAAUCCGCUGAAGCGUCUCUUCGUCUCUGCUCGAGACUAUGUUCUAUCUUUUACUGGUGAUGGCGGACUUUCACUUGGCACCCGAUCUUUCUUUGGACUUGCAUUCUCGGUAGCGAGGAGCUCGGUUCUUAUGUUGUCCGUCGAGGCCUACAUGUACUCCCUGCUCCAAUCCAUUUCAAUAGUCCCUGCGAACUCCAUCCCCAGCGCCCGGCUUUUGAUUCCCUUUGGCGAGCAAUCCUUGAUUCAGCUACCGCCAUUCCCUACCGAUUUAUCUAUUCAAUCUAUAGGGAACUCGCUCGCGGGUCUGCUCACAUCGCCCGGCGUUCUGGUUUUCUUGUACGCAUACUACCUUCGCCCGGAGCUAGAGGAGCGUAUUUAUCGGUUAAUCCGCCGACGUCUGCCAAAGCCCAUUGUUGCAGAUGAGCUUUCUAUCCGGGUGGCCUUUGAAGAGAAUCUGAUCGAAUGGGUGGUGCCCACACUUGGACGCAGGUCGGAGGAAGAGACUCACCGCUCCAAACUCUCACUCCUCGAAGAUCUCAAGUGCGAGUUGGUUGUUCUUCGAGGAUGGCUGCUCUCCUUUUUCGGCCUGAGGUCAAGACAAGCGUCAGACACAGCCCUCGAGCCUUCUCGAGAAGAGAAGAUUGAAAGUCUGCGAAAUUCAAUCGAGACGCUGCAAAACGAGCUCGAGGAAGCACAGCUCUACAAUAAUAUAGCCGACGACGAGCCAGAAAGCUCUAGAGCCCAGCCCUCAGGCAAUGCUCCCGCUGCUGAGUUGGCCCAGCCUGAAUUGCCAGACUCAGGCACAGAUGGAUCCACACAGGGAAAUCAAGCAGAUGCAGGCUUUGGGAUGAACCGGGUACUUCUAAAUGAGCAUCGCAUGGUUGAGUCCCCCGGUGAGAUGAGUAGCGACUUUUUCUCCGAAAUGGCCACGCUUGGACGGACGAGCGCGCCCUCUGCUGCCUCCAACCCACCGGACCAGCCGACAGAGCCACCACAAGGCGAAAACAUGAGCACAGAUCGACAUGAUUCUCGUUCGAAUACGCUAUUCUCGCGUCCCUCGUCCCCGGAGACGUCUCCGCCCACAUCGCCCCGUGUCAGGGCGUCCUUAAUUCACCAGAGUUCUGACAUCAUUACGAUGCAGCUCGAACUUCUGGGAAACCGCAACCGCACUGCGCUGAACCCAACUUCAGCCCUAUCUCAUCCGCUAGCCGGACUCAACAAUGAUUCUUCUCACUCUCGUCGAGGGUCAGAACCAGCCGAUCGCCGAACGAUCACCGAGUUCCUUGAGGCUCUGGUCUUGAGCCAGGCCCAGCGCCAAGGACUAAUCCCACAACCAGACACAGAUAACAACGUGCUCAAUGCAACUGUCGAUGUGCCCAAUGCAGCAGUCGCCGAGUCAGAGCCCCCAAAUGUGGUUCAAGACCUCCAAGCUGCGGAUCAUCCAACUCUCCACCCUAUCGACAAUGCUCCAGAACCCAACAAUGUUCCAAACAUUCUCCCCGAUGGCGUGGAAGAACCAUACGACGAAGACACUCGCAGCAACCCGCCUCCCACCACAAGAGUAGACCACAAUGCCGCACCUCAGCCCGAAGAGCCCCUGAUCCGCCCACAGAGACCAGUCGAAGAACCUAUCCAAGGGCAGCCAACAGCAGACCACUCUCUCGCCCAUCGAGUAACCCUUCUGUCCGCUUACCCAGUGGAUUCCCUUGCGUCUCACCUUGCUGCUAUCAUCAGCAGUAUCAUCCUCUGCCCGCUCGAGUCCCUAUCGCUCCGCUCGCUGGCCCACUCCUACAUCGCGUCGCACCCUUCUUCUGUGGCUCAGCUCCCAGACCUUAUUCCUCUGGGUUUGUGGUUUGGCGGCUACACUUGGUCCGAUGCGCUGGCGUAUUCUGGGCGAGUGGUGCUCAUGAGAGGCAUGCAGACUGCGCUGCGAGCAGGUGCCUGGGGGUUUUUGGUUGGCUCGACUAUGAGGAUUGGGAGGAAGUUUUGUGGUUGGGGGAAGCUGUGA